AUGAGCUUUCAAAUAAAUACUUUCAGAGCUGGUAAGCCCUCGAAUACACAUUCAUUUAAUACCAAACAUUCCGGCAAUAGUACAAGCAAUAAUAAUAAUGAUCCAUUAUCAGAUGAAAAAGUUACCAAGAAACGAAGAAGGUUAACACUAGUAUGUGAUAACUGCAAAAAAAGAAAGAUCAAAUGUAAUAAGCAGUUGCCAUGUGAUUCUUGUAUAAAAUCUAGUAUGAGUCAUUUAUGUGCAUAUCAUGACUCUUGGGAAAAGAAUGGGGUGGUAACUACUGCUAUUAGUGGAAAAUCUGAUACUUCUAAGAGCUCAUCGGAGAUAUCAACUUCAUUGCCGUAUAUAUCAAGUGCAAGACGUCCCAUUAUUCUUGAUGAGACUAACCAAUAUAAUGCCAAGCAUCUUCAUAAUAAUCACAAUCAUAAUCAUCAUCAUAAUAAUCAUGAUCAUAAACCAAAACAGGAAGUUAAAUUGGAUAUCUACAAACAAGAAUUACUUCGUUUGAAGGCUAGAAUUAAGCAUUUAGAAUCCAUAAAUAAUGUGGAGGGAACAUUUAUUCAUGAAAAUCCAUCUACUGCGAAAUCUCCAUCUGAAGUAAUAUUAAUUUCAUCUCAUCCAGUGUCUGUUUCAACUUCUAGAUCUUCUGGUUCUUCUAUUACUGUUCCAGAUACUCCUCCUACUUUACCCUUACCACUUUCAUACAACACGGCAUCGUUAGGAACUCCUUCUGUUUCUUCACCAUAUCCGUCCGCAUAUUCUACUUCGAUCAAAUUACCACCCAUUCAGUGGAAACCACCACAUGAUAAUAAAUCAAUUAUAUCUUCAAGUAGUUCACUUCGAAGUGAAUCUACCAAUUCUACUACUUCAACAUCAGAAUCUGAAGUGAGUCCUAAUACAAAUUGUAAGACUAAUGGUACAUCAUCAACAGGCACUUGUCUUGCAUCAGUGGUACCAAUAUCUAAUUCUUCAAGUAUGCUUUUAUCAUUCAUUGGUAUUAACCCUGUCUUUCAUCAUGAAGAAGCUAUCACCUUCUAUAAAUACUCUCAAUCAAGUCCUUUCAGUUGGUCAACUUUAAUGAAGAGUGAUCCCAGAUUACGAGUACUUCUACAACAUGUUAAAUUGAGAAAUUGCAAGUUAGACGAUGAUGUUAGUUGCCCAUCUGAAAAGUUGGUUGAAGGAACUAAGUUUGAUGCUAAUUAUACUGCUUUGUUGAAAAAUAGUAUUAAAGUUUCUCAGCCGCAAAAUGCAACAGAAGGAAAUUUAAUAGCUCGAAUUGUUGCCGUUUUGCCAAGUCAUAAAAAUCUUAUGGGUUUGAUUGAGCAGUAUUUUGAAUAUGUAUAUCCAAUAUUAGCAUUUGUUGAUGAACGGGAAUUUCGAAGUGAAAUAAAAAGGUUAUUAAAAGUUGAUCCAGAUAACGAUAAAAUCAUUGAUAUUAAUAUUAAAGAUUAUUGUCAUGAUUUAAGUGUGGUUGGUAUAUUAUUGGUUGUUCUUCGACUUUCAUUUAUUUCAUUGUUAAGAAAUAGUCAUGAAUAUAAUACCCAAGCACUUAAGCAAAAUGAAUUGUUUGAGACACCAAUAAACUUUGAACAUGUUGCUCUAGCACAGGAGACCUUAUUAAUAUUAAUGUUCGAUCAUAAAUAUGAAGAAUUCAUCUUCCUACAAUUCUUACUUUUCUUCCGAUUUUAUGUUCGUAUAGCCCCAGAAGAUGGAUUUAGAAAGGAUCCAAUAAAUUAUAAUAAGGCUUUAUUGGAUAUGGCAGUAAGACUUCAGUUGAAUUUUGAUCCUGAUGUUGUUAAUUUUUCAACAUUAACUAAGCGAGAGAAGACAUUGAGAAGAAAAGUAUGGCAGUCAAUUUUAUUGGCUGAUAUUCAUAAUAGUUUAGUAUUUGGAAAUGAACCUGCUACAAAGAAUGUAUUUUAUAAUACAAAGAGUCCAACCAUUAAUAGUGAAGAAGAAUCUAAUUUGAUAAAUUAUUCAUUAGAAGGAGUAAUUUUCAAUGAUAUUGUUAGUAGAAUGAUUCAAUUUAAUGAAGCCAUGAAACAAAUUAGUAAUUUUAUAACUAAUUCUCAUAGCAAUAAGUGUCAACUAAUUCAAUUAAUCGAACGAUUAAAUCAAUUUGAAAUUAAUGUGCUGGAUUAUUUUAAUGAUUUAUUUUCAUAUCUAGUCUCAGGAUACAAAGCUGAAAGUAAUGGAGUUUAUAAUUUCAGGCGAGUACAUCAGAUUAAAAUUUAUUUAUCGGUUAUUAAUUUUAUUAUAACCGUCUACUAUUAUAUUUAUUUAUAUUAUGAAGAAUUGAAUGUUAAUAUUAGUUUUUUCUAUCUUAAGAAAACAAUUAUUUAUUUAAAUGAGUUAAUUCCUUAUUAUAAGAAAUUAGCUUUCAACAGUACAUUACAAUGUGAUUUUCUUUACAAUGCAACUUUACAAGCUGUAAUUCAUAAAUCUAGUCAAAUUUUGUUAUCAUUAGUUAUUAAAUUUUAUGAACAAGAUGAGUUAAAAACGAAAUUAUUAAAGAAUUAUCAUAUCUUGAUAGAGAUUUUGGAUAAUUUAAGUACAAGAUAUUUCUACAGUUGGAAGAUAACCAAGAGUCAUAGAUAUUUUUUUACCAUCUUUAGAGGUGAAAAUUUUGUAGACUUUUAUAAUGAGAAGGCAGCAGAAUAUGAUAAUAUCAGACAUAAUUAUAAUGAUUACCAAAUUCAAGAAUUGAUGGGAAUAAUAGAUUACAGUUUAAAGAGGUUAGAAAAUCAAGCUGCAAAAGAUGAGCAUCAAAUUCAGUUGCCUAUAAGUGGAUCUGAGAACGGAGAUGUUGCAGCUACUGCCGGUGCGGCUGAGCUUGAAGAUCUUACAGAACCAGAUUUUGGCUUUGAUUCAGGCUUUGAUGAUCAAUGGUUAAAUCUAAUGUUUAAGACUAGUAGUAUUGGACAUGGGACUUCAGUUCAGAAUCCAUUGAAAGACGUAUCACUUCUAGACAUAUACCAAGAAUUUGGAUUAUGA